AUGUUGAAGGAGGUGGCAGGCCAGCCCGAAGGAACCACUCUUCUCGAUUGCAUCGAGAAUCGAGACGGGUUCGGUCCCCUGCCCUGGGCGUAUGAGCUACAACGUCCAGUGGCUAAAGUGGCGGAAGGAUACGGGAAGCCGUCAAGCCGUCCGCUUCAGAAACGCGACGGGCGAUUCACGACGUCCGAAGAGGAGGAGGAGGAGGGAGAGGAAGAUCUUCCUCCUUCCUUGGAGCCCCUCUACCCCGACGAGGGUCCGGAGCUGAUUCCUGAUGCAGAGUUGCGGGAGAUGUUCCGCCGGACCAGGAGCCGGUUGCGGACUACCUCACGCAUGUCGCGCGUGUGGCCUUGGCGCUUCGCGCGCAUGGCGUUGCGAGACCGUUGUCUGAGCUGGAGAUAG